AUAUAUAAAUGAGUUUAAAAAUAAAAACAUUCCGUUUUAAAUCAAACUGAUAUUCAAUUUUCCGGGCGCGCAAAUUACUAUACGCGCCACACACACACACACACACACUUUUUGGUCAAACAGCUGGCUGACCGAGAAAAACACACAGUACCCGAUGUCGCUGCUGCUACAAAUACAAGCAAAUAAUAAGCACUCAUAUUAAAGUUUGUUUGCCGCUCACACGCUCUAUAAACGGUCAGAGAACUUGGCCCAUUUCAUCCUCAAUAUUGGGAACCAUAUCAGUUUGUUCUGUUCACUUCGUCGUGGCGCACGGGAGGAAUCAAAGACACAGCAGCGACGAGCUCUCGCAAUGAUUGUUGCACCCUUUCAUACCUUAAGCGGGCACAACGACAGUAGGUCCGGCCCAGCCCAGUCUCAUUGUCAGUUUCAGCGAUAUGCGCUACAUAAAACCGGAGCCGUAUUAUGAAGGGCUUCCACCGUUCAACGUUACUGGCAGCCCGUUCAAUGUGGUGCCCAUACACAACUAUCCGGAGCUGAUGAAGGACACCUGUGCUCUGAUCAAUGCCGAAUGGCCCAGAUCCGAGACGGCGCGAAUGAGGUCCUUGGAGGCUUCCUGCGACACAUUGCCAUGUAGUUUGGUCCUCACCACAGAGGGCAUGUGCCGGGUUAUAGCGCACCUCAAGCUCAGCCCGAUCACGGCCAAGAAGAAGGCCUGCUUUGUAGAGUCUGUUGUUGUAGACAAGAGCUACCGCGGCCAGGGAUUCGGAAAACUGAUCAUGAAGUUUGCCGAGGACUAUUGUCGAGUUGUGCUCGACCUGAAGACAAUAUAUCUAUCAACCAUCGAUCAGGAUGGCUUCUACGAACGCAUCGGCUAUGAAUAUUGUGCGCCCGUCUCCAUGUACGGGCCGCGUCACUGCGAGUUGCCCAGCUUACAAAAUGCCAAAAAGAAAUACAUGAAGAAGGUCUUAUAGACAUCAACGCCAGUAGUAGUAGUGAGAUUGGCUACGUUGAACAGUGCCGAGCAGGAACAGCAGCAGUCUGUGGCCGUUAACUAGUCAAAUUUGGUAAAAGGUUCACCUGCCAGCAGCUGUGCCGUAGUCUGAUCGCAUUUUACCAAUUUAGGGGAAUGUGCCACAAUGCCACACGCGCAUUGGUAGUUGCAGCAUAAGCUUUUGAUUCCAUUACACCGAUAAGCAAUAUUCAUUUCAUGAUACGCUUGUGUUGAUUUUUGAAUAAUACUUUCCGCGUGUAUUUUGUAAACUUUUUGGUUCUUUUUGUAUGACAAAAGUCAAACCGAUUUGUUUUGUUUUUAUUUUAGUAAUCCGUUUGUUUAAGGCAUGGUACUACAGAUGUUAUCCUAAUCCUAAAUGAGGUAUUUGUAUGUAAAAUAAGUUGUGUGAACUUCUGAUGAUGUGUUACUAGUGUUUGCUCAAGCGUGUGCAUAAUUGCUUUCUAGACGAAUAACUACCUGCCUAUGAUGAUAAUAAGCUAAGAAAAUAGCUCAAGUAUCUUCCAAACGAAACAUAGCAUAGAAACAUAUCGAAGCCCUAGCAUUAAGCACUCAACGAAGGCAAUAACUUAUAAUAAAGAUAUGUACGUAGAAAUUGUAAA